AUGGUCACUGGCCAAGGGGUCCCGGCAGAGCCGAGCUCUGACCUGUACUUCGUGGAUGGAAACCGGAGGCCCAGACAGCAGUGCCUCGGGGGCGUGGGACGGUCCGCAAAUCCCUGGGCCCUGGCGGGGGUGGGUGCCGUGGGCAGAGGCCGCCUGGUGAGGACAGCAGGGGAAAGACCCUAUAAGGCCUGGAAGCUGAGAGCACAGCCAGCCACCAGCUGCGCCGCCUGUGGCUCCGAGGGACCCUCCGGCACCCCAGCUGCUCAGAGUAUUACCAUGUCUGCUCGAGAGGAAGGAGGCCGAGAUCCUCCCAAACCCAAGGGCAAGACCCUGGGGAGCUUCUUGGGGUCCCUGCCUGGCUUCAGCUCUGCCCGGAGCCUGAUGGCCGGUGCCCACAGUUCUGCGAAAGAGGCCCGGCCAGUCGCGGACCCCACAGCAGCCACCAGCCUGGAGCAGUCGGUGGGCGGAGAGACGCGGCUGCCGCCUUCAGAUAAGAUGACCCCUGGGGCAAAUGACCUGGUGUCCUCCAAGAUGACUAAGACCAAGGAUGCCAUCUCAUCCGGGAUGGCCAAUGUGGUGGACACAGCUAAAGGCUUGGUGCAGGGAGGCCUGGGCAUGACCCAGUCUGCACUCACGGGGGCAGUGGAUGUGGCCAAGGGCACCGUCCAGACUGGCCUGGACACCACCAAGACCGUCCUGACAGGCACCAAGGACACGGUGUGCGGUGGGGUGACAGAGGCCAUGAAUGUGGCCAAAGGAGCUGUCCAGACUGGCAUGGACACAUCAAAGACUGUCCUGACAGGCACCAAGGACACUGUGUCCACUGGGCUCACAGGUGCACUGGGCAUGGCCAAGGGCACGGUCCAGACUGGCCUGGACACCACCAAGAAUAUUGUCACAGGCACCAAAGACACUGUGUCCACUGGGCUCUCCAGGGCAGGAACUGUGGCCAGAGGGGCAGUGCAGACUGGUCUGGGCAGCAUCCAGAACUGGUUACCUGGUACCCAGACCCCUGCCCCCCACCAAGGAGAGGAAGCUCCGUCCUCCAUUGUAUCCAGCACCCCGGACACACUUUGUGCGGGCCUGGACCUUGCCCGGGAAGCCACUGCUGAACCAACACUCCCCCCAGGGGCCACCCUGGGCCGCGAGGAGGCGGUGCACGUGGCUUCCGCACGCAGCUCCGAGGUACCCAUGAGCUUCGCGACGCUCCGGGACGAGCUGAGGGAGCUGGGGGACAUCUUCCACCCCAUGGAUGCCGAGGAGCAAGCCCAGCUUGCCGCCUCUGGGCCUGAGCCCAGGGUGCUCACGGCCGACCAGGACAGCUACUUUGUGCGUCUGGGCGACCUGGCGCCCGGCUUCCGCCAGCGGGCCUUGGAGCACGCCCUGAGCCACCUGCAGCACGGCCAGUUCCGGGCCCGGUCCGCGCUGGCCGAGCUGGAGGACACCUUCAGGCUGAUUCAGAAGGCCGAGGAGCAGGCUCCAGGAGCCCAGUUACCGCCGGGCCAGCGUCCGGGCAGCAGAGUGGAGGAAGGUGCUACCCAAGAGGUGCCGGACUCCGGGGCCCUGGCCAGGGCCUGCGGCCUCAUCCAGCAGCUCCACGUGGCCUACAGCGGCCUGGCCGCCGGCCUCCAGGGCGUCCCCGACGAGCUGCAGCAGCGGGUCGGGCAGGCGCGGCACAGCCUCUGCGAGCUCUACGGCCUCGUCUCCUCGGCCAGCGCAGCCCGCGAGCUGCCGCCGGAGCGCCUGGCCCGGAGCCGGGAGGCGGUGGGCCGGGCCUGGCAGGAGCUGGAGCAGGUGCUGGGGGUGGUGCAGGGCAGCCCGCCGCUCUGUUGGCUGGUGGGGCCCUUCGCCCUGCAGCCUGGCGGCCAGCGGCUGUAGGCCACUCCCCGCCCACCUCGGCGGGGCUGCCUCCCCAGCCUGAAGGUCUGGACCUGGUGGGCUGGCGCGGCCUCGCCCCUGGGGGGGCACCAAGGGCCGUGAAGGCGGCACCACGUGCCGGGCUCUGGGCCUGCCCGUGCCAUCCACCCCUUCUUCUCCGGGUCUCAGGGCCCAGGAUUGCUGAGACUACUGACAGGGAACCUUUGCCUGAGGAUCUCAAGCAAGCACCCCAAGUCUAGAAGGUUCCACUCGGUUCUCUCGCUCCUCCCUCCUGGGCUCCUGGCUCUACCCUCGCUCUAGAGGCAUCCACCCUGACCCCCAGCAAACCGUGUUCCAUUGCAGCACAAUGUACCAGAACGCCUCGGUCUCCCUGGGGCAGGCUCCCACCAAAGGCCUCCCGGCCAAAGGCUCUGUGAGGGCAAAGCUGAAGCAGCCACGGGCCACGGCUGCACCCCAGGGCUGGAGGGCUGGUCUGGGAGGGGAGGGAUAGAAAGCCAGCCCCCUCCUGCCUGGGCCCCCCGGGAGCUGAUGCUCUGUGGCCCCCCAGGCACCUGGGCUGAGGCCAAGUUCAGGGAGGCCCCUCACGCGGCCCAGGCCGGAGAACAGCUGGAGGCAGCACCCGUCCUUCCCGGCCACCCUUCCCCAAACACCCGGGGGCAGCCACACCAGGGGUGGCACGGGGGCGCCCUCACCAAGCCUCACCUGCCCUCCAGCUGGGAGGGGGCCUCACCAAACAAACCCCCACUGCCCGGGACCCGCAUCCCACCCUCCACCCCCCAGUCAGGCCCCCAGGACCACAGCCCUUCUCAGACACGACGCGGUGCCCUGAGCCCCGCACACAACGCCAGCCUUCCCCCAGAGGGGCGCCAGGCUCCUGGGCGCCGGCCACGUGAGACACGGGGGUCAGGUCAGGAAGCCCCUCCGGCCAGUCCUUCCUCGGUCUCCCUCCCUCAAGGUCAGCGCAGAGAGAGAGGAGGGACACAGCUGUUCACACAAGCUGACCAGUAACCGGAGCUCAAGUCCAGCCAAACCAAACGAGGGGCGCCAGGCUCAGGAGUCCCACCCCGACCACGACCUCGGUGGGGAUGGGGGCACCUGACGGGGGGCGGGGUGAGUGCCACUCCGUGGACGCCGCUGUCCGGCCAGCGACUGCCGCGUGAACCCGCGUGCCGGCCCUGGGAGCCUGGGGGUGUGACGCAGGUGAGGAACGAGAAGCCCGAGCCAGAGUGCCACUUGUCCAAGGUCACAGAGCAGGCCGUGCCCUAGUGCCCACACCCCCGGAGCAUCAAGGAUGACGGCCAGCCCGCAGCGGUGCCCCAGGCCUGAAUGGCUCCAACGUCCGAGCUACUGCUUCCGGGGGCCCUGAAUCGUGCCUUGGGGGUCCCGGAACCACCUGCCGCCUGGCUGAGGACAGAGGGGCAGGGCCUCUGGCUCCGGGCCCACCCGCUGGGCCCCUGCUCUCGUCCGGGGGCUGCGCAGCGGCACGCAGGGGCAUCAGACCACAGCCUCCACUGGAGCCUCGGCUACUUCUAGAAAGGCCUCCACCCCCACUCUCCCUCACCAUCAGCCCUGCGGGGCCAGGUCAGGCAGGGGCGCCGUCAGAACCAAGUUCACAUUCACUGUGACCCCUGCGGCCUAAACCCUUUGUCCCUGGGUGGGUCCCGGGCAGCUGCACAAGCAAUGCUAGAAAACCAAAAACCAACUCAAUAAAAGUGACUUUCAUUAAAAAAAA